AUGGGGUCAAUUAUAGACAUGAGGCACAUAUGCAGUCACGUUUCUCUCCCAGCAUGCUCUAUUCUCUUCAGGAAUACAGUACAUGCACAGUACCCAACAAGAGCAGUUUCCGUAUUUGGAAUUAAUCUGUACUCUAUAUAUACUAUCAUAGCAAUAAUACUUAAUAUUAUCCUUACAGUGAUUCUUAUUAACAGAACCAAGAUAAAGUACUCUUUUCCUGCAAGAAAGGAAACUCUUAUAUUUCUGAAGGUCUAUCUUGGGGCGCUGUUAUUCGAUCUGGUGCUCUGCUCAGGCCUUGUAAAGUCUUCCUGGCAUGCAGCGUAUUCUGCAGUCAUAAGCUUUCAGAUAGCAUGCACCAUGACAUGCUUUAUUUCUGCCAUGUGCACUGGGCUUGUGUGGAUGCUUCCAAACAGAGUGGCAAACUCCUGCUCCAAAAUAGCUGCCUUUCUGACAAUGUGCUCGCUUGCAGUGGGGUUCUUUGGGUCGCUCAUUUCUAUAACCUCGGGCUUGGGCGUAGGCCUAUUUUUCCUUCUUUAUCUUGUGCCCUUCUUUUUUGGAACACUGUUCAUAUUUACACAGCUGUCUAAGCUCAAGAUUCUCAAUGCAGAAAUAUGGAGCUAUGCAUCCUUGCUUCUCAUCAUCGGUCUUUCAGCAGUGAUUGCAAUAACACCAAUGAUAUUGGGCAGAGUUAUUGUUCUACUAUCUGAUCGAUACCUAGAUGGAAUAUUUCUCAUACAUGCAACUGCCAUGUGUGUUGUUAUCAAAGUAUAUGAUCUGUGGGCUCUUGACAACGAGCAGGAAAUUGAAUGCGUUAAUACUGUAAAGCUAGUUAAUAAAUAA